AUAUGUUGAUCUUUAGUCACUCUAAGUCAUUAUUUAGUCAAUCGGUCGCCUCACUCUUUGUGCCCGCGCCAAAACCAUCUGCGCCACUUUUUUUUAGAAGAAGAGCACAGCGCCACCAGUAAUAAACAUCUAUCUGGCAAAAACAUCACCAACAAUAGGUACAGUCUUUUUUAAUAUCAUACGAGCAGUGGUCUACUAAGCCCACAAGAAGAAACGACCAUGUCUACCAAGAUUGCUCCCAUCUUCCAGCAGAGUGCUUCAUGCAAGCAACCUCAGACGAAGGAAGAGUUGCUGACUGAGAAUACAAAGCUACGAAAGGAGAAUGCCGCGUUGAAGAAGGAGAAUGCCGAAUUGAAAAAACGCAAGCGAAGUGAUGAUGCUGGUGCUGUUCCUCCCAGUAGUAGUAAAAAGGCCAAGACUCCCUCGCAACGCAAAAAGCUGUUUGAAAAGUGGGCCAAGGCGGCGGCUCGUGAAAGUGCCAAGACCAAGAUGAGCAACUAUGAUGGCAUGAUGCCCUACACGGCCACGGUCAAAGAGACGACUCCUUGGACCGUAGCCGACUUUGAGUCACUCUUUUGUACUGAUAACAACAACAACAAUGGUGGCGUCAAACUCCAACCCACACCCACCAACAAACCCACGUCUCAAAUUACCAUUCUCGAGUUUGAUACCCACGACAAGGUCCAACAGCUCUUUGGGGACGCCAACAUUCCACUGGAUGGGUACAAAGCCCAAGCUUGGAAAUCUCGCAACUUUUGCAAGUCCGUGCGGGUCGGUGAUUACCCAGCCAUAUUGGAAGGAUUGCAAGUGCACUACAACAAGAGUAAGUGUACGCUACAACUUCAGUUCCUAUUUCAAACGGAAGGGUGCUACGAUUAUGACGAUUGAUUGAUUCAUGACAUGCACGUCAAGUUACAAAUAUGUAUUUAUAGAACUCUUCUUGACAGUCAGCCAAUUUGCGAUUUGAGAAAACGAAACAAAGAACGAGCCAAAACGCUGCCACAUAUAUACCCAUACCAAUAUACCCGUACGGUAACCAGAUUGAUUUGAUUAAGAGCAGAAAGACAACAAUAUCUAUUCUAUUUGCUUCCUGUUAAUUAGUAGAAUAGAUGCGUCUGAUGCAAUUUCCUUUUUUGUGGUGGCAGUGAUUGUAUGUAGACUGCAAGCCGUUCAAC